AGUCUGAAUACCCCGCCUUUUUUACCUUACCCUAUCUACGAGCGCGUCUUCUAUCAGGCUGUGAACACCGAGGGCUCGUGGUCUUUCAGCUCGUACCUCGGCAAAGCCAACCAGCUCCUCACUCCCAAUCACGACUCUCGGAAAUCGAUUACACCUCCUUCAUUAUGUAGCAUCUCUCCUUUCCUGCAUUUCUUUUUGCAUUUCCAGGCGCAUUUUCCCCGUCUUAAUCUCGUUCUCUUACAAUCCAAUCGUCAUGGCCCACCCAGAAACCCCCAUCGUAAUCGGCGUCGGCGACAUCAAGAACCGGUCCACGGCGCUUGCCGACGCGAAGGAGCCCGCGCAAUUAAUGCUUGAAGCAAUACAAGCAGCGAUACAAAACGCUUCUUCCUCAGAGCCUUCAAAACUGCAAGCGGCGAUUGAUAGCAUCGAUGUGGUUAAGACGUGGACCUGGCCAUAUCCGGAUUUACCGGGGUUGUUGGCGGAGAAGCUCAAUGUAAAGCCUAAGCACAAGGUUUAUUCCGAGCAUGGAGGGAAUCAGCCGGGGAAGUUGUUCGAUGAGGCGGCGAGACGGAUAGCGAGGGGAGAGUGCAGAGUGGCGGUUAUUACGGGUGGAGAGGCGUUGGCGUCACUAUCCGCCUGUGCCGCUGCAAAGAAGCUCCCACCGCCCGGUUGGACCCCUCCUUCCCAAGCCGUAGACUCCGUCUUCACGCCCACUGGCCGCGACCUCGGAUCAAAUCUCGGCGCUAUCCACGACAUCGGCGCCCCGAUACACGUCUAUCCCCUGUACGAGAACGCUUUUCGCGCACAUAGAGGCCAGAGCUUGAAAGCGAACCAUGAGGAGAGCGCAAGGCUGUAUGCAGAGUUCUCGAGCGUGGCGGCAAAGAAUGAGUAUGCGUGGGGGUUUGGAAAGGAAGACAGUGAGGAAACGAUUGGGACGGUGGGGAAGAGGAAUCGGAUGAUAUGCUUUCCUUAUCCCCUCCUGAUGAACGCCUUCAACACUGUCAACCUAGCCGCCGCUUGUAUUCUAACCUCAACCACUACCGCCCGCGCUCUCGGCAUCCCCUCAUCACGCUGGAUCUACCCGCUCGGCGGCGCCGGAACUAAAGACGCCGACGACUUCUGGCAGCGCCCCAAUUUCUACACCUCACCCAGCAUAUCGCACUCCAUCGACGCCGCUCUUUCCCUUUCCCACACAACGAAAGAAGACAUUGACCUCAUCGACAUCUACUCCUGCUUCCCUAUCGUGCCCAAGCUGGCCGCGCACCAUCUCGGCCUCCCCAUCACUAAUGGCCAGAAACCGCUUACUCAGCUAGGCGGGCUGACUAGUUUCGGCGGGGCAGGGAAUAAUUACAGUAUGCAUGCGCUGACGGCGAUGGUGCGGGCGAUUCGUGAGGGAAAGGGGAGGAAGGGGUUGGUGCUGUGUAAUGGGGGCUUGUUAAGCUAUCAGUAUGUUGUCAUGUUGGGCAAGGAACCGAGGAAGAAUGGUCCUGCGUAUCCAGAGGGGGAUCCGCUGCCGGAGAGGGUUGGGGAGGAGGGCGUGCCGGAGAUUGCGGUGACGGCCGAAGGGGAGGGCGUCGUUGAGACGUACACCGUCGAGUUCAACCGCGAUGGCUCACCGCUGAGAGCCUAUAUCAUCGGACGCCUAAAGAGCGAUGGAAAGAGAUUCCUCGCUAAUCACGGCGAUGAAAACACGUUACGCCAGAUGGCCAGCGGCGCUGGAGAGAUAGUUGGGAAGGCAGGGUGGGUGAGGCAGGAUACUGAACGAAAAGGGAGAGGACUUUUCAGUUUCGAAAGGGGCGCGAGAAUGUAGUAGAGCUGUAUCAAACACAUUGUAGUUAUGCGCCCUGAAAACUUUGGCCUAAGGGGGUCCAUACCUGGUUACCUCCGUAGCCAAACCUGCGCCUUUCGGAAGGCCAAGUA